AUGUGGAAAGACGCCGAAGGCAGAAUCGUGACGAAGAAACCGACUCUACCAAAUGACAUCCAAAGCCCCCAACGCCCUACGCAACCACCAAAUCACGACCUGCUUCCUUCUUCUAUAGAUUUUCUGCCCUUUCCCGAUCAGCAGGGUGGUGCGCCAAUAUCGCCUCCCGUCUCAAACAACUCCCAUAAUCACUCUUGGGACGAUCACGACUCUGGAUUAGGAACGCUGUAUCCUGCUACCACUCUGGGACCGAACGCGCUCUCUUCCUCAGAUUCGUACUCACCCAUUGAUCAGCAUUUCUGGUCUAAUGAUUUGCCACAACCACAACCUGCGUCAAUAUUACCCACGGUGUUUGAUGAUGCACCUUUCGACGACAUCUUCAACCCGGAUACGGCAAGCUCUUUCAACAAUCCGUUCACUACGAUGAGCAACUAUAAUUGGCUUUUUGACAUGGAUUUGUCUAAAGUUGGCGAGGCUCAGCAACCACUUGGGCAUGAUGCAUUUCCUGCAUUCACAUUCGACAACAACAACGUGUCGCAGCCAAGUCAUUCCUAUGAUCUACAGCUUGAUCACAUGUUGGUCAACAAGGCCAUGUCAACAUCUGGCCAGAUUGGAUCACUCGCUUCUCAGCACACAGGAUCGCCUAAGAAUCAGUCCCCGUCUGCGGCUCUGAUCACUCCACCCUUGUCCGAAGAGCAUCAAAUACAAGCUAGUGAUGUGAAACAAAAUACUGGCCAUAGUCUCCAUCAAUCGCAGCUUGGUAGUACAAGUAUCCAAGCACCUUCAAGACCUCAAGUAUUGAUGCUACAAGAUGGAUUGGACAAUAUCGAAAGACCAAUGUCCAUGCUUCAGCCAUCGAGAAGUUUACCUAUCAUUGAUGAACUGGCUCGUGCACAAGUGCUGGACCUGAUAGACAUAACCCAGCCCACCGCACCGGAUGGGAGCAUCGUCAUGCGCGACCAUCCACUUCUUACGUUGACAUGUCUGCAAACGUACUGCGACCUUUUCUUCACUCGAUUUAACACAGCAUACCCACUUAUACACUUGUCGACAUUUAACCCAUCGGAAGUUGAUACGCUGCUGCUAAUUUCCGUACUCCUGCUUGGCGCUACCUACGGGGAGAAAGAUGCUCACCAGCUAGCAGUCUGCAUCCACGACAACAUCCGACCACAAAUUUUCGCUAAUGCAGGUUUCUCUGCAAAGCCCGAUCUUUGGGUGCUUCAGACCAUUCUUCUCGUCGAGUGCUUCGGCAAGAGCAGGGCGGGCCAGAAGCAACACGACAUGUCACAUCUAUUUCACGGCCUUCUGAUCAAUCUCAUAAGACGUAGUGACUGCCAGAGUAUACGCCCGCCAACAUUGGAAGAUGCAACGGAUGAUCUGGAGGAUGAUUGGCGGACUUGGUGCGACGCAGAGCAGAAGAAGAGACUUGCCUUCUUGUGCUUCAUGUGGGACACACAACACGCUGUACUGUUCUGCCAGUCACUUUGUAUGUCCGCGUUCGAACUUCGUUCCAACUUACCAUGCGACCAAUCACUGUGGGAAGCAGACUCUGCGGAGACAUGGCAUCAAUUGCGCCAGAAACAGCCCGCCACACCGCUAUUCUUGUCAUGCUUGAAGAUGUACCUUCAUCCAGACACUGCCAAAAUCCCGACGAACCUGAAUGCGCUUUCACGGUCACUCCUCCUCCAUGGACUCAUGUCCGUAGCAUGGGACAUGCAGCGACGCGAUCAAACAUCAUUAGGCGUCAUCGAAACGAACCCAUUGGGUAACUGGCAGGCUCGCUUAGCCACUUCCUACACGGCAUGGCACAAAGACUACGAAUUAUUUUGCGCUCAGUACAUGAACCACCUGCCCUCCCCUGAUCACACUUUGGGGAAAGAGUUCCAAGUCCUUCGCGCAGCUACCUUGGCGCUGUAUCACGCUGCUCAUGUGCUUUUACACACACCCUUCCUUGAUCUUCAGAUUUAUGCAGGAGCACGACAUAUCCUCGGACGUCCCGUAGCGCGCCACGACUAUGCCCGAUCACAGCGCGUGGUCAAGAAGUGGGUAGCGGAGAACCUUAAAGAGGCAAGCAAAGCUGUCUGGCACGCAGCUUCUCUAGUCGCUGAUGGCGUUGAAAUUCUCGAUGGCGAAACCGGAUUGAACGAUGUCGGAGGUGGACGACUCUGGCAUCAUCCAUGGGCUAUCUAUCUUGGCACACUUGUGGUCUGGGGCGUGUGGUAUGCUCGGCCAACUCCACCCGCGCAAGACAUUAUACUCCCUCAUCUCCAAGACGACGAAGAUGAAAUCAUCUGGGACCCAAGUGCCGAGAUGAAAAAGCUACUCGCUACCAUCGUGAAUAGCGACCCGGAGAGAUUGCUUGAGAAUGGAAGCAUAGCUGGCGGUAUGGGCAAGAGAGGGACAAAUGGUCUUGCGGCUACUGUGAGCAGAUGUUUGAGUAAGGUUAGGUGGGCGGUUGUACAUGAUGGCAUGAUGGUGCUCAGAGGACUGGUGCAGUGGCGAUUGGUAGGCGGGGGAGGACCGGGGAUGUAA